AAUCUUCACAUGUUGACAGAUUCAUGUUUAUUAAUAAUAGUAAACUCAAUAUUGAAUCAUUGAUUAAAAACUUGAAGAAUAUGAUAAUGAAGAAAUUAUCUGUGAUCUAUAUAACUGAGUCUUCUAUAUCUCUCUCUAUUCUCUCUGUUUCUUUAUCUGCUACUUCUUCUCAAUCUUCUACACUUAUCUCUGUAUCUGAUUCUCUCACUCUCACUACCUCUGUUCUCACAACCUGUACUUCUGCUACUUCUGCUUUUGCUACUUCUACUUCUUCUGUCUCUGCUGCUUCUGCUAUUGUUAUCAGCUCUUUCUAUUUUAAGAAGAUAUUGCAUAGACUUAGUGAAUCAUAUUUCUUAAGAAUUAUCUCUCUCUUCAACAGUGUUAAGAGUAUGAAGAAUAUCUGUGUUUUCAGAAACAGAAAUGUGAAUAUUGUACUCUUUUAUAUCUAUGAGUGUGAGACUUAUACACCUUUUACUCUGAUGUCAGAGAUCAUGUUAAUUGAAGAUGAUAAUACUGCUGAGACUAUCUUCUUCUGCUCUCAAGCUUCUCUCAUUACUUUCUCUCUCUUCUCUGUGAAGAAGAUUGUGCAUAUAUCAGAUUAUAAGCAUUCA